UUUUUUGCAAAGUGUAUUUCUGUUCGUAAAAAUAUUCCACUGGUGAUGUGUCGAAAAGAAGCAAAAUCUUAUGGUACUAAACAAAUGAUUGAAGGUGUAUGGAAGCAUGGACAAAAUUGUGUCAUCAUUGAAGAUGUUAUCACUUCUGGUAGUAGUAUUUCUUCUGUGGUUCAGCUUCUUCGACAGUCUGGUUUAUGCAUUGAACAUGCAUUUGUCAUGAUAGAUCGUGAACAAGGAGGACCUAGUUAUUUACAAGAUCAAAAUAUUAAAAUUACCAGUUUAUUCACGCUAACUGAAUUGUUGAAUAUUUUACAUGAAGAAAAUUGUAUUAGUAAAGAACAAUUUGAUGCAGUUAUAUUAUUUAUUCAUAAUUCACCAGCACCUAAG